AUGACGGCAAUCAAAUGUCUCAGGGGGCCGUCGGAGAGGGCGGCCGUCUACGUCAACGGGGCACGCGCCCGUGGCGAGGGCGCCGCCCUGCCGAACGGCGCCGAGAUCAGCGUGUGUGCCGAGGGCUUGACGCGCCUCGUCACUUUCCGCGUGCUGCGCGACCUGGGCAAAGCGAACAUGGCGUGGGCGUUGGACGCCGUGCAGUGCAGGCCCUCGGUGCUGUCGCCGCGGGAGGCCCUCGAGGAGGCCGAGCACGCCGAGCGGCACGGCGAGGGCGAGGUGUUGCUGCGGCCCGCGGCGCCGCCCCUGUCGGCCAGUGGCGAGCUGCUGCGGCGCCGCGGGCCCGUGGCGGAGCGCCCGGAGGCCCUGAGACCAGGGGCAGCUUCCCGAGGGACUCCGACCUCGGCAGUAGCAGUAUGA